CUCCAGUCAGCCUACGCCUUUGUCGCUGUCAACUUUCGUGUUUGCAGUUUCCUGAGUCGACCAUGGCGUCCUCAGACCCUACUCAGGCUUCUGGUCUGGCAGAUGGCCUGACUCCCUCGCACACCUACGUGCCUAACCAAGGGUAUCUGAACGCUGAUGGCACGACCCCCACCAUGGCGGGGCAGGAUCCCACGGCACAGGAGGAUAACGAGGAGGACAACGACGAAUACUACGAUGAUAUUUUCGAAGAAGAUGUCGACGACGAAGACUUUGCCGCCGCCAACCCGGCCGAUCUCACCAAAGCCUACAACCGCCAGCGCAAGCUCAACGAACUCUCCGCCGAUCCUAAUGCGCCGAAAUGGACCUACCCCAAGACGAACUCGCAGAAGCCGACAGUCAACACGCAUGCGUCUGUUGAUGACGAGAUCAAGACGUUGACGCGCCACGCCAACAAGAUCAAGCUGGACGAUGUGCAAUCCGGGCUGGCGGUUCGCGGUGAACGCGGUGCCGACAAGGCCGACCGAGCCACCUCGGAGCAGGUGCUUGAUCCGCGCACACGAAUGAUCCUGCUCCAGAUGAUCAACCGCAAUGUGGUAUCGGAGAUCCACGGGUGCUUGUCUACCGGCAAAGAAGCCAACGUCUACUACUCGCUACUCUUCCCCAAUGACGACGACGCCGCGCCUCUGCACCGUGCCAUCAAGGUUUACAAGACCAGCAUUCUGGUCUUCAAGGACCGAGACAAGUAUGUGACUGGAGAAUUCCGAUUCCGAUCGGGGUACAGCAAGAGCAACAACCGAGCAAUGGUGAAGCUGUGGGCUGAAAAGGAGAUGCGUAAUCUGCGCAGGAUUUACUCCGCGGGGAUUCCUUGCCCGGAGCCGGUCCAACUUCGUCUUCAUGUCCUCGUGAUGGGUUUCCUGGGGAACUCCAAGGGUGUUGCUGCGCCGCGCUUAAAGGACGUCGAGUUCGAUGUUCCCAACCCGGAGAGCAAGUGGCGAGAGGUCUACGUGGAACUGCUCAGCUACAUGCGUGUCAUGUACCAAACCUGCCGCCUGGUCCAUGCCGAUCUGAGCGAGUACAACAUGCUUUACCACAAGAACAAGCUGCACAUCAUCGACGUUAGUCAGAGUGUUGAGCACGAUCACCCGCGCAGUUUGGAAUUCCUGCGAAUGGAUAUUAAGAACAUCAACGAUUUCUUCCGUCGCAAGAAUGUCGAUGUCCUUUCCGAACGAACCAUCUUCGAGUUCAUCAUCUCCGCCCACGGCCCUACCACGCUGGAACCGCGGGAGCCUUUGCUCGAAGCCGUUGAAAAAUUGUACACGGAGGCGGAGACGCAGGACGACGAACAACAGACCGCUGCGGAACGUGAGGUAGAUACCGCUGUUUUCCGCCAGCAAUAUAUCCCCCAGACAUUGGAGCAGGUCUAUGACUUCGAGCGGGAUGCCGCCAAAGUCCAUGCGGGUGAGGGUUCGGACCUGGUAUACCGGGACCUUCUCGCAGACGAAAAGGCCGCCGCAUCCGCUGCCGACAAAUAUGACAGCGAGGCCGAAUCUGACGCUAGCGGUGGCAUUUCUGUUGAUGGCUCCGACUCCGAUGACGAUGGCGAGAAGGAUCCGUUUGACAAGAAGGCUCCGCGGGGGCGACGCUUCGAAGAUAAGGAUGAAAAGCGCGAUCACAAACAAAGGGUCAAGGAAGAGAAACGCGAGAAGCGAGCCAACAAAAUGCCGAAGCAUAUGAAGAAGCGCCUUGUUUCCGGUUCCUCGAGGAAGAAGAAAUAGAUGUGGACUGCAAUCUCGUUACAAUAUGGCAGGAAAAUAUGGAAGGAUGGGGAUUGGGUUUUUUUUUUUUUUUUUUUUUUU